UUGCUAUUUAAACAACAGUGUUGUCCUCUUAAAACCAAAAAUAAACGUUGGUUAUAAAUCUAACAAAUUAUUACAUAAUAAUGUUGGAAGCCGAAACAAAGCCCAUACCCGAAACUACCGAAUGCGAAUCCACUGAAUCUUUUGAUCCUUAUACCUGUUCUUUAAGUCCAGCGCUGAAAUUGAUAGCAAAAGAAGAAUUACACGAAGAUGAUAACAUACGCCACCAAGCACUACAUCAGUUUCGUGAAUGGAUAUCGAAACACCCGCGCAUCAAAAAGUGUCGCACAGAUACUCUUUUCCUUCUACGAUUUUUAAGAACAAAGAAAUUCUCCGUUCCGGAUGCAUGUGAAAUGCUUGAACGCUAUUUAACUAUACGUCAAUUAUUCCCACAAUGGUUUUCAAACCUUGAUAUUUUAGACCCAACUAUCAGCGAAAUUUUCGAUAACGGGUACCUAGUACCCUUGCCACAAAGGGAUGAUGACGGCAGACAAAUAAUACUAUCGGUGGCAAAAAAUUUUGAUCCAUAUAAAUACACUUCUGUUCAGAUGGCGCGUGUGCACUCACUGAUAUGUGAAGGUUUAUUAGAUGAUGAGCCGUCACAAGUGGCUGGCUAUGUAUAUAUUAACGAUGAAAGUGGUAUAAAUAUGGGAUUUGCGAGUCUUUGGUCUCUGUCAGAUUUAAGAAAUAUGGUAAAAUGUAUACAAAAUUCUACUCCAAUGCGUCAUAAAGCAACACAUUUUGUUAAUAUCCCACACUUUGCAAAUCGUAUUAUCGAAUUAGGAGUUUCAUUACUUAGCGAAAAACUUAAAAACCGUAUAACUAUACACAAAUCGGUGGAUGCAUUGAAAGAGAGAGUUAAACCUGAAAUUCUUCCAAAAGAAUAUGGGGGUAGCAUUCCCAUGGCUGAUAUUAUAAAGGACUUUAAAUUGAAACUCAUCCAAAAACGAGAUUCUAUAUUAGCUCUCGAUGAAAUGUGCAUUGAAUUAACUAAAGACUGUAACAGCCCGUCAGUAAAGAUUAUUAGCGACAUUGAUACUGGAGUUAUAGGAAGUUUCCGAAAGCUGGAGGUUGAUUGAACAAUAAAGUGUUCAAUAUUGUUAAUUAUUGUAGAGACCACAGAUAUAUUUGGUAUCAAUUUGAUUUAAUGAUAAGUUAUAUUUUGUAUUUUAAUAAGUUUUUGUUGAAAAUAAAUG